AAUAUUUUGUUUUGAUUCAGAGAUUAAGACUCAGAGUUAUGUUUAGUACAGUUGUAAUGUACUAAACAUAAUAUACAUUUGCAUGUGUAACAAAUGCUAAGUUUCUAAUUCGUUGUUUGCUAUGAUAUAAGAUGUUUUGUAUAGCAAACUCUAAUUGGUAAGAAGAUAAAAAAUGUCGUAUCGAGAUCUUCGAAAUUUUACUGAAAUGAUGAGAGCCUUAGGCUAUACGAGGCUGAUAUCAAUGGAGAAUUUCCGUAAUUCCAAUUUUCCUCUCGUGGCUGAAAUUCUCAAGUGGUUAGUAAAAAGGUAUGACCCUAAUUCUGACACUCCUACUGACGUGGACACAGAACAAGACCGUGUUAUAUUUAUAAAGUAUAUUGCACAGUUUAUGGUAACUAAAGCUCAUAUCAAACUGAACCCCAAGAGGCUGUACAUGGCAGAUGGAUAUGCUGUCAAGGAAUUACUUAAAAUCUCCACCAUCCUCUACGAUGCCAUGAGAACUAAUGAAUCGGGUGAAGGAGAUGGUCCUGAAGAAGAUACUUCUAAUUUUGAUAUAGAUUUAUCAUCAAAGCUUAGUGAUUUGAAAAGGACAAGACAAUUGGCUUCUGAAAUCACAACGAAGGGAGCUUCAUUAUAUGAUCUUCUGGCACGAGAAGUUGACCUGAGAGACGUACGGUCUACAGUAAUCUCCAAACAGCUAGAAAUAACAGAGCUUGAAAGAGGCUUGCGUAACUCAAUACGAGAAGUUGAAGAAGAAAUUCAAAAAACGAACAACAUGAUAGAGAAUGUGGCAUCAGAUGAAGCUAAUUUAGAAGCAAAAAUCGAAAAGAGGAAAAUUGACCUGGAGAGAAACCAGAAACGUUUACAAACCUUGAAGGCUGUAAGGCCUGCGUUUAUGGAUGAAUACGAACGCCUAGAACAGGACUUGGAGAAAGCAUAUGAACAGUACUUGGUAAAGUUUCGUUGUCUUGCGUUUCUGGAACAACAUCUGGAGGAUUUAGAAAAGAUAGAGGAAGAACAAAUUGAGGAACGAGAAAUUCAGAUGAAAAAAAUGGUUGAAAAGCUCCGUCAAGAAGAGCUUUUGAGAGUAGAUGAUCCUGGAAGUCUCGAGAACAUUACUAACGUUGGGGAGGAGGAAGAUGAGGAAGAUGUUGAUCCAGGAAUAAGUCCAGAGGUCCGUGAAAAGCCUAAACGACCACAACCUGCAGCUUCAGGAGUGAGAAGAGAGGCAGCAAACAGACGAGUGUUUGGAUCAAUGACGGGAGAUGGAAAAGACAGUUUAGACACCGACUCAGAUCUCGACCUAGAGGGUGAAGACGACGAUGCCUCGGAUGCCUCAAGUGACGAAGAGAUGGAGUUAAAUAAAACACCCGGAAACAAGAGCAAGGGUGCUCAGAAUCCUCUUCUGCAGGAUAGUGAUAAUGAUUUUUAAACUUGGUAAUUGAAAAGGACUUUCCUUCUUCUAGUCAUUGUUUGCAAGUUCUAAUAAAUAUGGAAAAGUUACCAUCGCAAAGUAUAGAUAACAACUUGGAGCAAAAUAUGGUCAUUCAUUUAGAAGUUCUUUGUCUUUCACAGGUAACAUUUUUGCCAACUACACAAAUUUUCACUGUAUUUGAAAAUCAAAAUCUUUGUAAAUCAGCACCAAAUAGAUUAAGUGAUUUGUUUUUCCUGCGUUACGAUCAGAGCUGCUUGAUUUGUGUCGCAUAUUAAACGAAUCACCGAGUCACUCAAAUGACAAAUAUCCCGACUCUGCCUUUAUGUCCAUUUGAUAAACUGUCAAAGAAAAUGAGUAACUUUGUAAUUAAUUUGUUAGGUAAUAUUAAGGCAACUUUUUCUUGAUUUUUAGUAUUCAUUUGAUGAAGAGUUGUGAAUGAGGGAUUUUAAACUAUAGUUAAUUAAAUAGUGUGAUAUUUAAAUUUGUUCCACUGCAUGGACAAGUGAAAAGUAAGGUUUAUUGUAGAUAAAAUUUGGUAACCUUCUUCCCAGUGCUUUAUUCAAAUAUAUAUAUUUUGGUGGACCAAUUUGAGGGACCAACUUUAAAGACAGGUAUACUAUUUAUCACUAACUGUGUAGGUCUGUUAGUAAUACAUAACACUGUUUAGACACACGGGAGAAGUUAUAAAAAAAAUAUUAAUUAUUAAAAAAAAACCUUCAUUUACCAUUUAAAAGUAAACAUCGUCUGAUAAUGUUUUAUAUAGUAAUACUUCUUCAGAAGACAUCUUGAAAAUGAUUAAACAUAGUUGAAUGGAUGGCAACUGCCUGUUGUAGAAACACAAGUGUAGAUGAUGAUGUUUCGAAAGUCUUCUGCCUUUCUUCUUCAGGUUGAAGACGAAAGGUGGAAGGCUUUCGAAAUGUCGUUCUCUGCACUUGUGUUUCUAUAACAAGCAGUUGCCGUCCAUUCAGCUAAGUUUCAUCAUGAAUACUCUGCCUAAGCAAUCGAUCUCGAAAAUACUUAGCGGAUUUAAUCAAGUUCAAAGAACUGUCUUCAAAUUAUGUUUAAUUGUUUACAGUAUAAAUCCCAAAGAAUCAAAACUGUAUGAUCAAGCUAAGUUUAAAACAAGAAUUAAUAAAUCUGAUAAAUAUUUAUUUCUUCUCAAAUCGGAGCUUAAUGAAAUCUAAAUAUGUGUGUGUGUAGCACAACACUUAUUCAUUCAUAUUUAAUGCCCCCCAGAGGCACAGCGGUAUGUCUGCGAACUUACAACGUUAGCAUCCGGGUUUCGAUAUCCAUGGUGGGCAGAGCACAGGUAGUCCAUUGUGUAGCUUUGUGCUUAAUUAGAAACAAACAAACAAUAAUUUUUAAUUUAAUUAUACAAUUUAAAAUGUAUAAUAUCCAUGUCCUUUAAAUAACUAUUUGCCACAAUUCAUGUAAAAAUGGUUGGGUAUGACCUUGUGGUCAGUGUGUUGAAUUUGAGGGUCCAUGGUUUGCAUUUCAAUACUUUAAAAAAUGCAUUCUGCACUUUGGAGCCAUGGGUGGAUUAUAUUGACGAUUGGUGAUAAGAUUCCACUAUUUGAUGAUGGGUGCCUUUGGCUAGCUGCCUUUCCCCUAUCACUUCAAUACCUUUGUGUAGAUUUGCACACAUUCCAAAAACAAACAACGUAAUCAAAGUACAAGAGCUUAUUAAAAGAAAUUUAUCACAUAAUAAUAUUAAACACACAUUUAAAGUAUAGAAUUGGAU